UUGAAACAUAAUACAAUGCUGUGACUUCUUGGUUUGUCAACCAGGUAAGUUUUUUAAGUAGAAAUAAGCAGCAGUGUCUUGUCUCCUUCAGAGCCUGUGUGCUUCCAUCUCCACCAGAUGUUUCAGGCUCCUCCCAGACAGCUUUGUAAAACAUUCCAGCCCACCUCUGGGAAUCUGCUGGCUCCACCGACACUCUCACUGAACUCCAGUCACGAUUUUACUGGAGUUAUAAGGGACUGAGCUGACACAAAAAUGAGGGGACUUGUUGUCUUGGUUACUUUGGCCUGCUUUGCCACAGCUCAGCACCAAGCACUGAUUGACUACUUGGAGCGGAGGCUGCUUGCUAUUGAGGACAGGAUCUCUCUGUGGCAUGAACAGACCACCCGCUACGCCUCAGAGCUGCGGGAGCUGAAGCAACAAAUGGUUUCCCAGCUGGAGACCUUGGACAAAGAAAAAGAAACACUGAGAAUGAAUCUGGACGGAGUGGGGACGAGGGUGGACCGGGUCGAGAGGGAGCUGGACUACCUGGAGACACACAACGGGGCUCAGCCAUGUGUGGAUGUGGACGACAAGCUGAUCGAGCAGCAGGUGACUCUGGUGAAGGAGAAGCAGAAGGCCCAGUAUCUAAAACUCUCAGAUUGCAGUGACAUGAUCUCCAGCAUCAAAGCCAUGAAGAUCCUGAAGCGAGUUGGAGGGCAAAAGGGAAUGUGGACCAAAGACACCAGCAGGGCAUCUGGGAAGGUCUACAUCUUUAACGGGACAGAUGAGGACACCAUCCACGUGUUUGCAACUAUACAGGACUUCACCCGCUCACAGGGUAUGUCUCUGUCCAACAACCUGAAGCUGCCAUCUGCCUGGAAAGGAACAGGACAUGUGGUGUACAAAAAUAAUGUCUAUUAUGUAAAUCAAGGUGAAGAGAUAAUGGUGGUUAAAUAUGACACAAGGAACAACUCUGUGACGGACAGUGCAGUGUUUCCAGUGCAGGAUCACGUCCCAGUGUACGGCCUCACCCCUGAGACAGUGAUGGACCUGGCUGUGGAUGAGGAAGGCCUUUGGGCAAUUUACGCCACACGACAAAACGAGAGGCACAUCUCUCUGGCUAAAAUGGACACCAACUCACUGGACAUUGAGCAGAUGUGGGACACAAACUGUCCACGAGAGAACGCAGAGGCGGCUUUUGUCAUCUGUGGCACUCUGUAUGUGGCGUACAACACCAAGCAGCCUGGUCGCUCACGAGUACAGUGUGUGUUCGAUGUCAAUGGCAUGGUGACCAACGAGGAAGCACCGCUGGUUUAUUUUCCAAAACGCUACGGAUCUCACUCCAGUUUGAAGUACAAUCCACAGGAGCAGCUGCUCUACGCCUGGGAUGACGGCUACCAGAUCCUGUACAAGCUUAUCAUGAAAAAGAAACUAGAAAUUUGAGCUAAACCAAACCAAGCCAGUAUUUUUAAAUGAUUUUAGCUCCUUAACUACAAAUACUUUCCUUGCUUCUGAUUAUUUGUAAUGCCUGCUGUCGAAUUUCCAUCCAAGAUGGUUCUUCAGGCUGAACAGACUGAUGGAGAGUCCCAGAUAUAUAUUACAUAUAUCACCCUCAAGCAUAUGCUAAUUGGCCCAUUAACAAUAAAUGACUCGCAUGCAUCGAGGUUUAAAUGGUUGUGAAACUGCCAGCAGAUCAGGGAUGACUUUAGAUGUUAAAGAUGGUGAAACUUUCUGGGGAGAGAUCUUAAGACUGACAGGUAGUGUUGUAGACGCCUGUUUCUGUUCAGGGAUGGAUGUUCCUGUUUAACGUAGAUUUCUUAAACUGACAGUUUCACAACCACUGAUACUUUGAGGCACGCCAGUCUUGGGCUGGUAGUUGGCCAUGGGAUUUCAGGUUGACAGUAUACAUCUGUGACUCCCCAUCAGUCAGUUAGAAAUAAUUAAUGAUAAUAAUUUUCAGGUUUCUUUCGUACUCUGUGACAGUAAAGUGAAUGGGUUUUAUCUUGUGUUUUAAGAAUCCCAAAUUGAAAUUUUUCACCAUUUUUGGGCAUAUAUGAGACCAAGCAUCUAAUUGAUAACACAAUGCCAAUACAAAUAUUUGCUGGUAGCAGCCCUAUUUGUAAUUAACAAGCAAAUCACGAAAAAAAUACUGGCAUGUUUUUUUUUCAGUCAACAACAAAUGUUCAGAAGUGCUGGAUUGUAAAUAGGUGUCACAUGAAGGUUAUUUCUAAUCAGACCAAGUUUUCUGUGUCUAGACUGGGAUAUAUUUACUGUACUUAUACUACCUGUGAUCUCAUGUGCUACUGUAUCUAAUCUAGGUUUCUACAGUUGGUCAAAGCACUUGUGCCCUAUUCUUUAUACGCACAAAUGUUAUACAAAUAUGCAACACUUAUACAUUUAAGUGAAUAUAAAGCAACUGGACCGCUCACAUUUGUCCAUUUUAUGCAUCAAAUAUCAUUUUGCUGUCAGUCUUUAUUUCUAUUAUCCUUUUUCCAUUGUGCAAAUCGACGACAUAUAAAACCAUUAUCAGAGUACAAACAACCCCAACGUUGUCACUGUAGGAUGCAUGUUUAGAGCUGCAAUAAAUGCAAUCAGGAUAUAAACUGCUAGCUGGCUGGCACUAUUAUGUUUCUCUCUUUAUGCAUAAUGUGUCGUUUCCCCACAAGUCAAGCACAUAUGCAUUUUGUGGCUUUUCACUCAUCAAAAUAAUCCCCCAAAUAAUUAACAGCAACACUCUAUGAAUUAUGCCUCUUAUAUUUUUAUUAUUUAUAUCAUAAUAUAACAUUACUAUUUCUCACGCUUUGUUUUAAUUGUUCUAAUUUCCCCACUAUCCUCUAUUUUUUGUUAAAUAAAUGGCCAACUACACCUGUUAAACACCAGCACUCUGUCUUUUUCUGUGCGCAGGAUGUAGAUAUAAGCACAUAAUAAAGCCAGUAUGUUGGAUUUCAAUAUUUUAGACUGUGACUCACCCAGUGGUAGCAGCGUUGUAGGCAGAAUUAUACACGAUUCUGUUUUUUCUGUACUAACUCUCUGUUGUUGCACUUCUUUGUAUUUCAGCCCUUUUCCUUGAUGGUGACCUGUCUGUAUUUACUGACUGGCGUCUUUGGCGUGACCAAUAAAAACUCAUUUAGUUGGAAGUGUUUGUUGAACUGAUAUGUGAAGUGUGAAGCAUAAAGUCGCUCAAUCCUGGUUAGUUCUAGCUGAGUGGGGUUUGGUUGUGUGUUGAAUAUCUGAAAGCAGUGCCCUUUAAGACACUAUUACAAGCUCCAAACAUUCAAGACCUUUUUCUAAACUCUAAUUUAAACCUUAUCGUAUCUUCUUCAGUAUCUCCUUUUGCCUUUAUCACCUGACUUAUAGUUGCACAAAUUUACAAAGCUGCAUUUGUUCGCAUGGAUUAAUAAAUUAUUUAACUGUUA